AUGGCUGGCUCUCAGAGAACUGCUCGAGCUGAAGAGAGCGCUGUAGGCAUUGCUUCUUCACCAUCCGCCAAUAACCCGGAGCCUACUAGUAGUGCCGGUCACGCUAUUGCAACCAACCACGGCCCCAUCCUAGAGGCAGAAGCAGAGAACAGCGACUUGACGGAUGAUGAUGCCUCGGACAGAGCGACACAUAACCUCUACCUGUUGACACUGGAAUAUAAGCUGGGUCUUGCUCCCUCGAACAAUGAGAAUUCAGGCGUUAAGCGCGUCCUGGACAUCGGAACAGGCACGGGACUUUGGGCCAUCGAAUUCGCCGAUGAACAUCCCGAAGCUGAGGUGGGCUCAGCUUCAUUUCCCAGCGAGAAGAUCAAAAUUAAAAUUUGCAGUGUUCCACCGAAUCUCAAAUUCGAAGUUGACGACAUUGAACAACCCUGGACAUUCAGCCAGCCUUUUGACUAUAUCCAUAUCCGUGGUAUGACAUCUAGUGUUUCGGACUGGCACGCAUUCUUCAAGCAAGCACACAAGUACGCGUUCUUCGUUUUUCCGUGUCACCCUUCAUUAAUCCUCUGCAGCGGUCUUGCUCCUGGUGGUUACAUUGAACUAUUCGAAGGCCAUGCGCGUACACAGUCGGACGAUGGGUCGUUGACUCCUGAUCACGCAUUUUGGCAGUGGGCAGACAAGCUGGACGAAUGCUGCAAGAUCCUCGGCCGCCCAUUCGUCCACGUUCCGGGUCUAGUUCCUAUUCUUGAGUCAGCUGGUUUCGUCGAUGUGACCAUUGUUCCGUUCAAGUGGCCCAUCGGCCCGUGGGCAAAAGAUCCAUAUUACAAAGAACUUGGGGUGUGGGCUCUUGAAAAUGCCUCCGAGGGCCUUGAAGCCUGGACGAUGGCAGCACUGACGAGGGCGCUAAACUGGAGCAAUGCAGAGGUGCAAACCUUUCUAGCUCAAGUCAGAAAGGACCUGAAAGACCGGAGCAUCCACCAUUACUGCCCUUUGUAA